AUGCAGAGAAGAGAUCUGACCAAAUUUCCCAAUUCGAACUCUUCUUGUGGUAAUUCUGAAGAUCUUCAAACAUAUUGCCUAUACCUUCAAACACUUAAAGAAGAUCUGCAGUCCCGAUUCCAAGAUAUAACUAGUCUGAAAAGUACCAACUUUAUUAAUCCUUUCAGCGUGGAACUUUCAACGAUUUGUCCUUCUCUUCAAGAAAACUUGACUAAUUUGAAACAUGAUGUUGAAAUUGAAAGUUUUCCACAUGACAUAUCUAGUGGAGAAAGGUUUUAG